AUGACGUUGGCUGACAAUAAAGGAAAAAAAGUUGUGGCCUUUCUGAAAAAGAACAUAUUCUCCCACUUUGGAGUACCAAGAACAAUCAUAAGUGAUGUCGGAUCCCAUUUCUACAAUAAAGUCUUCAGGGUUGUGCUGGCGAAUUACAGAGUAAAACAACACCGUGUAGCAACUCCUUACCACCUACAAACUAGUGGGCAAGUGGAGGUGUCGAGUCGUGAGAUCGAGGCCACUCUCACCAAAAAGGUGAAUGCCUUGUGGGCAUAUCAAACUACUUUUAAGAUACCAAUUGGCAUGUCACCAUAUCAGCUAGUUUAUGGGAAGGCACAUCAUUUACCAAUUGAGCUAGAACAUAAGGCCUUGUGGGCUCUAAAAAGGCUGAAUAUGCAUUUAAAGGAAGCAGCUGAUCUAAGAUUGGAGCAGAUUAAUGAGAUGGAUGAAUUUUGUCUCAAAGCCUAUGAAAGAGCUGACUUGUACAUAGAAAAUAUAAAGAAAUACCAUGACCAAAGGAUUACAUAG